AUGAAAAAUUUGAUUAAAAUAUUUUUAUUAUUUAUUUUAUUUUCAAUAAUUAAAUGUCAACAAGUUCCGAGAUGUUUAUACAAUGAUAUUUAUGCAAAAUCAUCAAAUCCAAGCUUAAAACCCGCUGAAAAUUAUGUUGAUUGGUGGAUUUAUGAACAUUUUAAUAAACCUGGAGAUAAAGGUAGUGGUUCAUCUUUUUAUACAGAUAGCAAUUUAAAGAACAAAAAUGAAAAAAUACUUGAAUUAAGUAAAUAUAAUAUGAGAGUUAAAGACCAGGUAUCUCCAAUUACUCAAACAUUCGGUCAAGCCAACGGUAAUAUAUUUUCAAGUAUUUCUUACAAUAAUGCUUUUGAUGACGGUAAAGGGAGUGCACAUGCAAAAGGGUUUUUUAUUUGGAAUGAACAUGGUGGUAUUCACGUAAUUCAUAGUAUCCCCUACACACCUCAAGAAAUUGAUGAUUUCUUUUUACAUAGUUCUGAAGAUAGUUAUUUACAACAUUCAAUUUGUAUUACAUUGAAACCAAAUGAAUUAGAUAUUAUUCCAAAAUAUUUGAUAUAUACUAACCCUGCAAUUAAAGCAAUAAAUAACCAUAAAUUCGACAAAGGUAAAAUGUUAAGCAAAUUACUCGCAACAAGUCUAACAGGUAUCAAUGAUGUAGACGAAACAAAAUUAGAUACAGUAACAGAUGAUGAUUUAAAGAAAAAGAAAUAUUUUUCAGAAAUCGAUGAAAUUAUUAAGAAAAAUUUUUUUGUAGGUUCAACUCUCUCUAGAAAAAUUAAAAUUUUACAAUGGGCUAAAUUGGCUGGUCAUAUUUCUGAAAAUUUUGAAUUCUCAUCAGAUGCAAACUUCAAAUCUUCUCAUUAUUAUCAUGUAAAUAAAUAUUCCUUUGGUGAAUAUUUUGUUCAAACUUCACUCCCACAAAAGAAAGGAAUUAUUGCCGAACCAUCUUCAAAAAACUUUGCUCAAAUGAAUAACAUUGAAUUAUUAUGGCAAUAUAUUGGUAAAUAUUACAAAAAUAUUUCGAAAUGGAUGUCUCAAACAAUGACAUCAAAUACAAUAAAGGGAUUUGCUAAUAAUGUAGUUUCUGGUACAAGUUUCUCAAUAGCAUUAAGACUCAAUUAUCCAUUCAUAGAUGUAAAUCCACAAAGAAGUUCCUCAAAAGAUCAUUCAAAGUUAAUGUAUGGUACCAGUGAUGAUGGUCAACAAAAAACCUUUUGUUUAGGUGAUCUAAAUUGGCAAAGAGGUCAAGAAUCAAGAGGAGGAGGAGCUUAUUGCAUGGAUGGUAUUGGAUAUUUAGUUGAUUAUAUGGAAAGACAUGUAACAUGGAUAAGAAAAGAUAUAACCUAUAAUAUUGCAAAACUUGGUGUCCCACAAUCAACGAUAGGAACUGAAAUAGACUUUUCUUGGAUAAUGAAUCAAUUUGCCGCUCAAAAUCUAGAUAAUCCAAUGGGAUUUGAAAUUUUAAUACCACAAACACUAAACCCACUUCCAAAAAGAGUUAUUGAACCAAAACAAUCAAACUAUAAAACCACGAAUGCUCCACUCCUUGUCCAACCUGAUACAGUAGGCUAUAAAACUGAGGACAUUUCAAUUGAUGUUUUCCCAAGUGUAAAAGAUAAAGUACACAUAUGUCUACAGUCACCCGAAUGUCCAUAUGAAUCAUCGGCUAAAUUUAAUAUCAUUUCAAAUAUAAAUCUUAUUGUUACUCCUAGUCAAAAAGACAUACACUCAGAACCUGUUAUGAUAAUUUCCUCCAAUCCAAAUCUUGUUAUCACUGUUUCACAAGUAUUGAAGAAUAAUUAUUUCUCUUCUUUAGCUACUGAAAAAAUAGUCCAACUUAGUGGUAAUAUAAAUAGAGUUUAUUUAGAGCAGACUCAAACUCCAAAUAAUUUUAAAUUUGAAUUUUCACCAUCAAGUACCAAUACCCCUUGUACUAUCACUCCAAUUGGUACCAGUAAUUCUAUUUCAGUGAUGUUUGAUGAAGCUUGUGUUGAUCAACUUAUAUUUUGCCUAUUUAGUCAUUACAAAAUGAAUUCAAUCAAUAAUAUACAAGUGUUUAAUAACAUUGACCAAGCUUCAUUUUAUAAUGAUGUUACCGAAAUUAUCAAAGUAUUCUUUCCAAACAUUGAGAAUGGAGAUAUUGGUAGGUGUGUAAAGCCACUACCUCCACCUGGUUCAAUCACUGGCGAUAAAAUUGAUGAAGUGAUGGAAUCUCAGGCAGAUGAUGAUAAAGUUUAG